GGCUGACGGCGGCACCGCCCGGCUCGCGGGGAGGUCACUCCGGAGACGGCGUCGGUGCCGGGCCGCGGGCUUCGGGGCGCGAUGUGGCGCGUGUGUGCGCGGCGGGCGCAGCGUACGGCUCCGGGGGCAGGAUUCGGGACCGGACGGGCGGCCCCGCGGGAGGAGCCGGGAGCGCCGUGCGUGACCCCGCGGGCCGGCGCGGCCCCCGCGCGGUGCAGCAGCGCGACCCCUGGGGACGGCCCGCGCUGGGCGCUCUGCGGCCGGUGGGCCGCGCCGCGGACUCGGCCGCUGCUGCAGCUUCUGGGGGCGCCGGGCCGCCGCUGGUACAGUCUCCCCCCGCACCAGAAGGUUCCAUUGCCUUCUCUUUCCCCCACGAUGCAGGCAGGGACCAUAGCCCGUUGGGAAAAAAAUGAAGGGGAAAAAAUCAAUGAGGGUGAACUAAUUGCAGAGGUUGAAACUGAUAAAGCCACUGUUGGCUUUGAGAGUGUGGAGGAGUGUUACAUGGCGAAGAUACUCGUCGCUGAAGGCACCAGAGACGUCCCAGUUGGAUCCAUCAUCUGUAUCACAGUUGAAAAGCCUGAGGAUAUUGAAGCCUUUAAAAAUUAUACCCUGGAGUCCUCAGUGGCACCUGCCCCUCCAGCAGCCCCAGCUUCAGCCCCUGCUGCCACUGCUCCGCCGCCUGCACCGUCUCAGGCUCCUGGUAGCUCAUAUCCCACUCACAUGCAGGUGGUCCUUCCUGCCCUCUCUCCCACCAUGACCAUGGGCACAGUUCAGAGAUGGGAGAAAAAAGUGGGUGAGAAGCUAAGUGAAGGAGACUUAUUGGCAGAGAUAGAAACUGACAAGGCCACUAUAGGUUUUGAAGUACAGGAAGAAGGUUACCUGGCAAAAAUCCUGAUCCCAGAAGGCACGAGAGAUGUCCCUCUAGGCACCCCACUCUGUAUCAUUGUAGAAAAAGAGGCAGAUAUUCCGGCAUUUGCUGACUAUCAGCCAACUGAUGUAACGGAUUUAAAACCCCAAGCGCCACCUCCGAUCCCAGCCCCGGUGACCCCUGUUCCUGCAACUCCGCAGCCUGUAGCUCCUCCCCCUGCUGCUGCUCAUCCUGCUGCUGCCGCCAGACCAAAGGGAAGGUUGUUCGUCAGCCCUCUUGCGAAGAGAUUGGCAGCAGAGAAAGGGGUUGACCUUACACAAGUAAAAGGGACAGGACCAGAAGGCAGAAUCAUUAAGAAGGACAUAGACUCUUUUGUGCCUUCUAAAGCUGCUCCUGCUCCAGCAGCUGCUGUGCCUUCCCCAGGCCCAGGAGUGGCACCGGUUCCUACAGGUGUCUUCACAGAUACCCCAGUCAGCAACAUCCGUCGAGUUAUUGCACAGCGGUUAAUGCAAUCUAAGCAAACCAUACCUCAUUAUUACCUUUCUAUUGAUGUAAAUAUGGGAGAAGUUUUGUUGGUACGGAAAGAACUUAAUAAGAUGUUAGAAGGGAGAGGCAAAAUUUCUGUCAAUGACUUCAUCAUAAAAGCAUCAGCUUUGGCAUGUUUAAAAGUUCCUGAAGCAAAUUCUUCUUGGCUGGACACAGUUAUAAGACAAAAUCACGUUGUAGAUAUCAGUGUGGCCGUCAGCACCCCUGCUGGACUCAUCACGCCCAUUGUGUUUAACGCACAUGUCAAAGGGCUGGAAACCAUUGCUAACGAUGUCAUUUCCUUAGCAACCAGAGCACGAGAGGGUAAACUACAGCCACAGGAGUUCCAGGGUGGCACUUUUACAAUCUCCAAUUUAGGCAUGUUUGGAAUUAAGAACUUCUCUGCUAUUAUUAACCCACCCCAGGCAUGUAUUUUGGCAGUUGGUGCCUCAGAGGACAGACUGGUUCCAGCAGACAGUGAAAAAGGAUUCGAUGUGGCUCACAUGAUGUCCGUUACACUCAGCUGUGAUCAUCGGGUGGUAGACGGGGCUGUUGGAGCCCAAUGGCUUGCUGAGUUUAGAAAGUACCUUGAAAAACCUAUCACCAUGUUGUUAUAAUUAACUCAAGAAUUUCUACUUUCUCAAGUCACAUUGGUUCAUGGAUGGAAAGGGUUAGAAUUCCAGGGAAAAUAAGUGAAACUUUAAAAGUCAACAUUUUCUUAGACUUAUUCAACCAAAUGUUCUUUGUUUUUCUAUGAAUCCCAUAUGGUGGUUUUACCCUCUUGAGAUGAAGAUAUAAAUAUAAACCAGCUACUUGCUAUAAAUGAAAAUUUGUGUGGGUAUUUAUUUAAACAAAAAUGUGUAAUUCUGAGAGGAGAAUUUGACAAUCACCUCCAAAUUUUAAAAAAUUGCUUAUUUUAUAAAAUCUAACAGAUUGUGAAAAUAGAAUUUUUCUUCCAAGAUUAAUUGGUUGAUAUUUGCAAGUGAACUUAAUUACCAGAAUUUACUACUUAAAUAACCUUGGAAAACUGUAUUAGUUAACUAUGGAAUAAGUGUAUAUAUAUAUAUAUAUAUAUGUAAAAUAUGGUUCCUAGUGAGGUAUGUGCCAAAGUUCGUUUCUCACCAAGUCCUGUCUGAGAAGAGGAAGGGCAGGAGGUAAGUGGGUGGACAGCUCGGAGUGCUGAAAGAUGGUGAUGGACUCCAAGGCUCAUUUCUACUUGGGGAAAGUAAACAAUGUUUGGUGUGUUCAAAAAGGUGUUCUGUGUUUUCCUACCCCAGAGCUGUGUCAUGUAAAAUAAGAAUGCCCUAAAACCCUACUGGAGACAGAAACAUUAUUUAUGUUGCUUGCUACCUUUUCAGCCUAAACCUUUUUUUCCAUUUUGUUACAAUUGACCUUUGGGGGAAGGAGGAAAUGGUAUUUAGGAUAAUAAAAUGAAUUGGGAACAUUAUCACAAUUCUAGACUUCCUGUUGAUAUGCUUUAAUAUUUGGAAUUGUGUGUGACUAGAAUAAAUCUGACCAGUGCU